GCAAAGAGCUCAGAAGAACAACCGCUGCCAGCGCUGCAUAUGACGCCUCCGCGUUCCGACGGCGCUACGACGCCGGCUAGCAGAGCAAAUUUAGAGGUGGAGACAGGGAGUCCAUGGGGUGGGAAGAUCAGGGCCGAAAUAUGUCAGGAUCAGGGUGCAAUUCUAGCGGUGGGACCGAAGCAAAACACGCCUACGGACUCGGCCGAGCAAGAAGGGCCUAUGUCACAAUCGACGGAGGCCGGAACCAUGCUUGAUGCCGAUAGCGACAUGGCUAGGUCCGAUGCUCUUCCCCCGCUCGAUUCUCCCACCGGCCAGUCUAUGACCAAUCCUCUCCGCGUGGUCGUCCGGUGUAUCUCCCAUCAGAUCCCGGGGCCUCGCAAGAAGCGCAAAGCCACGAUGGCAAAUAUCAUCUGUCAACAUUGCUUCGGGCGCGACCACGACCAAAACCUCGAUACGAUCAACAUCGCGGGGCUAGAAGAUAUUGACGGGAAGAAGCUUUGGGUUUUGCUCGACUCCGGUCCACCAUCGGCCUCGGUCUCGAGUAAGAUUCUUAGCUUCAGGUGGACAGGGAAGCAACUGCAAUCCCGCCCCGUAGAUGCUCGGACGAAAGAGAGGCUUAGCCAGGUGCCUUUCAGACGCGGCAUGGCCGGGAGCGCCUCCACAAAAAAGGACACCAAGUCGCGCAGCAUGUCGUCCGCCGAGCUGCGGGAUAGCAUGACCGACGACCAAUGGAACCGAUAUAUGCAGGAGUUCCUCAAGAGGAAGCUUCAGUACGAGAAAGUUGCAUGUAAUCUCGUCAAGGACUGGGCGAGGAAGCAUCCGACGCUCUUCUUCGACGUGAUGCAGGAAUAUACGGCUCAGAAGCGCUGGCAUAAGCUAAGUUUGUCGCUCGCUGAGCAGCAGUGGGUUGAUGCGGAGAAGAGCAGGGACCAGCCAGCGUCUUUUAUGAUGCAGAUGGAGGCUGUGUUGUCACAGAUGGGUAGGGAUACCGCCGACGAGGGACCAACAUUACAUGCUGUUGCUGAUGACGAACCUCGCGGCGGAUCAGAGACGGGGGGGCCAGUUGGCGAGGAGACGUAAAAGGUAUUGGUCAGGGUUGAGGAUAUGGAGAGGGGCAUCCGGGCGACGUGGGCUGUGUACUUACAGCGAUAGGACAGCGAUAGGAGUCAAGUUUGAGUGU